AUGAAGAUUCAAACCUUAGCUUUUCUGGCUGUCCUCUCUGCUUCCGCCGUUGCGGUCCCCGUUGGCACCAAUACUCUCAUCUCCACCUUUGCCGUUGAUGCCGACGUUGUACCCAAGGGUUACUCCAUCGAAUGUCGAUCUGAAGCGGGCGUCAAGCUCUGCAAGGAGAGCGACGAGGCCAGAGAGUUCCUACAGUGCCGAGGAAACGGCGAAAUCACCGGAGUUGAAGGCUCGCGGUUCGAGUACUGUGCUAGGGACUGCCAGUGUCUAACUCUAAACGGAGCGUGUGGGAAUCGGUCGACCUGUUAA